ACUGAUGGGUGGCUCUGAAAGGCAGCUCUGAUGGGCACUGAUAUGUGGCAUUGAUGUGGCACUGAUGGGCACUGAAAUGUGGCACUGAUGUGGCACUGAUGGGCACUGGCAGAGCUGGCACUGAUGGACACUGACAGGUGGCACUGCUGGGGCUACACAGAUCAUCAGGGCACACUGAUCAUCAGUGCUCUGAUGAUCUGUGUACAUGUCCCCUCCGAGGAAUGCCAACAUUUCCCUGUUUACAUGUGAUCAGCUGUGAUUGGACACAGCUGAUCACAUGACCGAGCCGACAACUUCGGC